CUCCUCCCCAGCGAAGAUCCGCCCCGGGGGAAGCGCAGCGAGCGGAGCCCCAAGGGAGCCGAAGCGGCUCGACAGACUGCAUCUCCCUCUGCCACCCGCCCCGGGGCUCGGCGAUUUCACACUCGGGCGGCCGCUCUGCGCUGCGCCAUGCGGGAGCGCUCGGCCAUGGCCUCCUCGGGAAAAGCAGACGCCGUCGCCGCCUGCCUCCCCUCGCAGUGCUUUGACCCCCUGACCAGGUUCUGCGUCAGGUGCGCCGACCUCUUCAAGGACAACGCAACUCUCCCCCUCCUGACCCCGCCGGCGUUUCGCACCACAGCAGAGCCCGUCCACGUGGCGCCCACCUCGGCCCCGCCGCCCACCCUGUCCUCCGUGGACCUGCCCAGCACCCUCCUGCUCUUCGGGGUCCCCGCGCUGGUGGUGCUCCUCCUGGUUCUGGCCGCCCUCUGCGGCCUCCUGGGCUGCAAGGCGAGCAAGCAGAGGAGGAAGAGGAGGAAGACGGAGCAGGAGGCCAAAGAAAGCCUGGGUGAAACCGGCCCCCUGCCCAGCCCCGCUUACCCGGACCCCGCUGCUCCACUGGGGGAGGCCGACCCAGCUCGGGGCCCCUGCCCGCACCUCAACGGCGGCCUGAAGGCAGUGGGGCCGCCCCCGAGGGACAGCACCAAGCGGCGGCCGUGCUGCCAGGGUGAUGGCGAGCGCGACGUGGUGCUGCUGGCCGCCCCCUGGCCCCGCCACGAGGAGCACGGCCACGGCUUCCCGCUGCCGGCCACCGAGCUGGGCGCCACCGCCUUGGUCACCACCAAAACCACCCAGGACUGCGUGGGCCAGGAGAGACCGUGAUGGACUGGAGACGGGGCCGGGGCUCUCCGGUUGCCCCCUGCAGCCAGCCAGAGCCCUUCCCCGGGUGGGCAAGGCCCGGCAUGGACCUGAGCUGCACCAGAACUGGGCUUUGCCAUUUGUCACUUUUGCCACUUUGCCAUUUUUGUGGAUUGCGUGCCUGUAAUCGCCGGAGGAAGCCGAAGGAGCCACGCCUGGAAGAGGCAGGGAUGGGGCCGGUGAGGAGGGAGCAUCGCGGGGGCUGCUCUGCCUCCUGCCAGGCUGCCACAGUGCGGGUGUGGGUGAACUGGGGAGCCCGGAUGGGUCUGCUGCUGGAGGGGGGGACUUGUAGGGACAUGGGGCUGGGCAACCAGAAAGGGGGGGAGCAGGGGGUACAUUAAGAUGAAACCCAUUCCCAUUAUCUCGAUUUUUUGCUCCUGACCUCAAUAAAAUGAGACUUGGGGCCAAACAGAGCAUCGCUCAUGCAGCAUCUUCUCCAUGCACAGUCCUGCCUCCCCAUCUCCUGCUCGCCAUGACACCCAGGUCCCCGCUCCCUCGGGGCGCUCCCGUGGGCGACAGGCACCCGUGGGCACUGGUGGGACCCCCCCCUGCAUCUGGGUGCCCUGGGGCUGGGAAGCGAGUUCGCCUUUCUGAGCAGGGAGCGAGGGAAGGAGGCUGGAGAAAUCUGCCUUAGCUCCAAGCUACAGUGACUGCAGUCAGCGAGGACCAGGGGCAGGCAAUGGAGCCUGCUGGUCGAGAGGCGCGCUGGCCGCAGGAGCUUGUCACGCUGGCCCCAGACAACCAUCGCUUCAGCUCACGGUGGCUGCAAAAAUACCGCGUGUCACUCGUGGUGACAGGACUCCCGGUGAUGGAUGUUUCCGUGCUGCACACAACCAGGCAGGGAGCGAUGUGAGCGUGGGAGGGAUGACUUCAUUCAUCUGCGUGUCUCCGGGGGGUUGCUGCGCGCGAGAAUUGCCGGUCCGAGGCAGCUCUCCCUCGAUGGCCUUCUUCACACACAUGCCGGUGGCUCGCCUGGGCAAGCAGAUUUGGAAAUGAAGUUGUCAUUGCGGAUGAGCUCCGUUCAACGUUUCCAGCUUUGCUCCCGAUCCACCACCGGUUCUGGUACCCGAUGUCACCAUCGAUGGACGGCCGGUCAUGGGGGCUGGGCCCACCUAGAGUGCUCUCCUCUCUACCGUGGUCUUCAGAAGCUGGAGGACGUUGCCAUGCUCACCCCGUGGACCAUGUAGGUCUGCAGAUCAUGGUGGGAUCGACCAGUGACUGCCGGGUGACGUUGGCUCCUCUGGGGUGCAGGACCGCGUGCUGUUAGAGGGUGAUGCCCCCCUCCUCCCCCAGCCAUGGAUGCUGGAGCUGGUUUCACGUCCUUCACCCCAUCAGGGGAACCACACGAGCUGCCGCAGGGCAUGAGGGACCAAGUUCUUCACCACAAGUCCUCUCCCAAACCUCAAAGCGCUGGCUGGGCUGAGCCUCGAUCCGGCUAAUGCCCAACACAGUUCAAGACACGAUGUGUCCCCAUCACUGGGGGACACAAACAAGCCCAAGCGCUUUGGGAACCAGCCCGUGCCCAGCUGGGGACAUUUUGGCACUGGCUUGUGAGAGGCAGAGCUACCUGCUUCACAGAGAACGGGAUGGGAGGUGGCAGGAGUGGGACUGUCACGCACCCCCCUCCCAUUUCCACAGCUGAGCCCCGUUUGUGCAGCAUCCACCCCACACGGGUGUGGUGGUUUGGAAAAGCAAAUCCUGCAAAAAUCCUGCCGAAAAAGGCCCUCUUCCUGCUGAGGCGGGGGCUCCUGCUCUUACUUCUUCAGGUGCCUCCCCACACGUCUCCUUCACGGGACAGCCCAGGGAAAGGGGAGAAACAGCAGCAUGAAGCGGAUCCCCUCUCCUGGGAGCCCUCCCGCAGCCCCCGGUGCCUGCCCGUGGCAGUUUCUCUCUUCCCCCAUGGGGCAGGGGCUGGGUUUCCCUCUGGCCUCCCAGCCUCCCGCUUUGGUUCCUUGAAAGGCUGCCGAGGCCGGGCCUCACCUGCCGGGGGGGGGGGGGACCCGGGAUUUCGGAGCGAGCAGUGUGGGGGGAAAGUCUGGGGAAAGCCCCAGCAGGUUUCAUCUCCUGCUCGUUCACCCGUGGGGGCAGCUGCACCAGCCUGACAUAACCCCUGCCCUCAGCCCCCCAAAACUCAUGCCGGCUGGGCGCCUGGGUGCCGGUGCCUAUCCCUCCUGCUGGGUACCAAAAUGCCCCUUCCAACCAAAGGCAACAGCCCCCAGCUGGAAAAGGCCCCGGCUGCUUCCCGGCUGCCCGGCUCCGUGGGCCGAGGCUGUCGGGGGACGCGGCCCUCCUGACGCCACUCGUCAGCAUCCGUCCCUAAUCACUACCCCACCGCGUAAUGACAGUAAUUAGCAGGAGCGAAGCCGCCUUGGGACUGGAAGCGCUGACGGAGUUCGGGGAGCCAGAUGGUGUUCGCACUUAAGGAAAGAAUUAAAAAAAAAAAAAAAAG